AUGUCAUCUUCCACUGGUCCUGGUCCUGCGCAUCGGAACGUUGCCAGCAUCAGAUCCCCACUCGCGAAUAUACCUGCUUCCCCCACCAGCCCUCAUACACCCACCCGCGGUAUAGGUAUAUCCUCAGCAUUUGGGUCACCUUCAGCAUUGCGCGCCGAAGAUGACCAUGUGGUUAUCGAGCUGGGCGCCCGGUACUUUAGAGCAGGUUUUGCUGGAGAAGCGUUACCCAUUUCUACAAUAGGGUUUGGGCCGGAAGCUCAAAGGAGAACGGGUGAUUAUCGAAAAUGGGAAGCAGGGCACGAUGCUGAAUGGCGUAAAAGGAUUAGGGGGAAAUCAUGGGGAGAGGCACACGAGUUUUGGAGCCCCGAUCUUCGAGAUCUGGAUAUGGGUUUAGUAAGUGACAAGUUGGAUAGGGCGAUGCGGGAUGCUUUUGCAAAGUUCGUAGGUUUCCAUUUCCUUUGGCAGAGCGCAGAGUACUAACACCAUCGCAGAAAUCUACUGAUUGACUCCCGACCGAGAAAAGUCAGUUUAAUUCUGCCGUCCGCUUUUCCUCUGCCUCUCUUAUCCACGGUUCUCGAUACGAUGUUUGCCAAUUUUCAGUCUCCCACAAUAUCUCUCAUGUCAUCGCCAGUUUUGUGCACUAUUUCUGCUGGGCUACGUUCUGCUCUUUUGGUAGACAUCGGAUGGGCCGAGACUGUUGUUUCUGCUAUAUACGAACUGCGAGAAGUCCAGUCUACACGAUCAGUCAGGGCGACCAAGUGGCUGGGGAAAGAAAUGUCUAGAGUGUUGAGCAAGCUUAUUGAACCAAAUGCACCGCAACGUGUUUCCGAGACCUCCGAGAUGGUAGAGGAUGAAGCAAUGUCAAGCCUCUUGAGCUUUGAGGAAUGCGAGCAAGUUGUCACUCGAAUGGCUUGGUGUAAGCCAGGAAAGACAACAAAGCAUAUAUCGCCGGCCAUUGGGCUUACGCCGGUCAAGGAAGAGGAUGAACUCAGGUCAAGCAUGCGGUCUUUGCACAUUGGGAGCGUGGUAGAGAAAGAGGCGCAGGCCUUUAUCGACUUGACGUCGACCAGUCCUCCCAGGAAACUUCAAGUUCCAUUCGCAACUCUUUCAGAGCCCUGUGAAUCUACUUUUUUUGCUACAGGAAUAUCAGAAUCGGAGCUAGACGACGAGGAAACUCCCCUGCAUUUGCUGAUUUAUCGCAGUCUUCUCAAACUCCCCAUAGAUGUCCGAUCAACGUGCAUGGCACGGAUUGUUUUUGUCGGAGGCGGGUCCAAACUACCUGGGCUGCAGAGUCGUGUUCUCGAAGAAUUGGACCAUCUCAUCGAGCAUCGAGGCUGGGUUAAUAUCCAGGGGAAAGCGGUAGAGCAGCUUCGAAACAAUCCCCGAUUCAGCAAAACACGCAACAAACAAAGCGGACGAGGGCCAAUGGAGGUACCGCCAGGUGACGUAACUCCGGCUUCUUUACAAGAACAAGAAUCCGAUCCAAUCGAGGAUACGAUCAAUCGGGCUGCGAGGAAGAUCAAUCCAUCACUGGAGGAGGGUCAUCUACGGGCUAUUCAUUCUCUCGGUGCAUGGGCUGGUGGGAGUCUGCUCACCAAUCUGAAAGUGCCCUCUGUUUCCGUGAUUGAGCGAGAACAGUGGCUUCAGCAUGGUGUUUUGGGGACCUCCAAAUCCGGCGAGGUGUCGGUGUCAGUGAGUAGCCGGCAGAGUAUGGGGGCUGGGGGUGCAUUCAAGUCGGUUGGUGGUGAAAGGUCUAGUUGGACGCUUGGUCUCUGGGCAUGAUUGUUAAUCUAUGGUAGAGGUGCUGGGGCAUGCCUAUUAGGGUGUGAGUGUGAGUAUGUACACCCAGGGAGUACAGUAAAAAAGUAGCAAUAAUCAAUCCCAUCGCCCC